AUGGGCGAAGCGAAUCACAUUCCAUCUCCCACCCCUUCUCCCACUGCAUCGACAGAUAGCGGUACUGCUCCUCUCGGCGUUGAUGGGGAUGAUGAUGCCCGCAAUUCUGGUGUCGAAAAUGAAGCACACUCCGAUGCCUAUACUGGAUCGCCCUCUAAUGUAUCGUUGGGAUCCUCUUAUACAGGCUCUUCUCCAUCAAUAGCAACCCAAAAGGAGCCUUCCAAUACGGCCGCCGAUGGAAAGCCGCAGCCCCGCAUCAAUAAAAACGACGCCAUGGUCUACUUGGAACAAGUAAGAUCACAGUUUUUGGAUCAACCCGAAAUUUAUGGAAAGUUUCUCGAUAUCAUGAAAGACUUCAAGGCACAUGCUAUCACCACAGACUUGGUCAUCGAGAGAGUUACCUAUUUGUUUCGGGGUUACCCCCAUCUGGUUGAGGGGUUCAACGCCUUUAUUCCUGAAGAGCAUCGAUUCAGGAUGUCCUCUGCCACAAAAUAUACGUCCUCCGGGAAAUCGCCCUCGUCUCCAUCGACAGGAUCUGCCAUUCUUGGCCAGGCUUCAUACCAUCAUUCACGCCCCGCUCUGCCUCCGGGAUAUAAUCCGUCUGGCCCUAUUCAGCCGCAAUCCUCAUCCACAGCAAGAGUGACAAAAUAUCUUUCGGCGGGCCCUACUCCCCCAGCGCUUACAUCUUCUAGCGAGUAUCAAAUAGAAAAGAUUCUACCAAGCCAUUUUGGAUAUGGUCCCUCUUCCACGGCUCACCCACACACUUACUAUGGCCCUUCAGGUUCCGCUUCGUCUGGAUACUCUCAGCCAUAUGGUGGUUCAUUGAAUCACUCAUCAUCAGCCACAUAUCCGCUAUCCUCAGCAUCGGCUUCGGGGAACGGAGGCGGCCCUUCUUCGUCCGCAUAUGCGUCAUCUUCUGCUGCCUCUCCUUAUGGGCACCAUCAUCCUCAUCUUCAUCUUUCACAUCUUCCGUCUCAUCCUUCAUCUUGCUCUUAUUCUCCAAGUGCAUCAGCACCCACAUAUCCUCUGUCUGGGUCCUCUCAACCUCCGUCCUCGGGCUCUGCACCAUGGAACAACAACCCCAAUUCAUACAACAACACGGCAGAUAGAGCUCCUUUUGGCGAAAAAAACAUCAUGUAUGACCGCCCUCCGCCCCAUCCCUAUUCAAAUGGAGCCGAGCGUUCAUAUCAAGGCGAACGUACCUCUUCAACCUCCGCAUCUUAUGAUCGACAUUAUCAUCAAGGCUAUGCCCUUCCAGAAAGGUACUUUGUCCAAAAUUCUGGCGACCAACGUCAGUCAUCUUCUUAUGGGCCCUCUACAUCCUCGACAUCACCGCCAUACUCAAAUGCUUAUGGAGGAGCUCCCUAUCCUCACCAUUCCCAGUCUGGACCAUCAGCAGUGCCUUCGUCAUAUGUAUCUCAUCCGCAUUAUUCAUCGUCUUCGGUGUCGUCAUCUGGAUCCCAAUCUUCCACUUUAACAAUAGAGAAAGAGUCUGGAGAGCGGAAAAGCUCUAUGGGAAUGUUACAAGCUGUCGGUUAUCUCAAGAAAAUCCAAGAUCGCUUCUAUGGACAUCCAGAAGUUUAUCAGUCGUUUGUAGAAAUUUUGCGCUCCUACCAACGAGAACAACGUCCAAUUAGAGAAGUAUAUGCCCAAGUUGCUUCACUGUUUUCGGGACAUUCAGAUUUGCUUGAUGAGUUUGCACAAUUCAUCCCAGAUGCACAAAGUGUCGGUAUAUCUGGACUUGCACCUGCCCCCCCACCCGCCAAGCCGGUCGUUCAAACUAGAAAGCAAGGCCAUCACCCCCAAAACCCACCAAUCGGAGGAUACCCUGGAGGUGGUAGCGGUGUUAGUAGCAGCAGUAGUAGCAGUGGUAGUGUUAGUGGUAGUGUUAGUGGUACUGGUAGUAUUGGUGGUAAUGGCAGUGUUGGCAGUAGUGCUGGUACAUAUUCAAACUCUGCGCCUAUUCCAGCCCCUGCAUACCAUCCUUCCUCUUCAUCCGAACCAAUUUUCGGACCUCAACCCACCUUUGAUUCCUAUGCGCGGCCGACCGCAGUUAAUCAACGGAGAAGAUUAUCAAGUUCUCAGUAUCCGAUGCCUCCCUCAACGACACCAUCACUGGCUGCAGCUAAAAGAGCCAGAAUUGGACCGCUUUUGGGGGCCUUUCCGGGCACAUCCCCCGUCACAUCGGCCCCAAAUGUCCCCGCCGGCUCCAUGGCAGCGACAACCACCCCAUCCCCAACCAGCUUCCAAUCUUCCUCUACACAGUAUGCUGCAGAGACCACCCCGCCGAUUCCAUAUGCUCUAAUGGAUGUACAAAAACCUCAGGCUUCCUCCUCCCUUUCGCCUGUUGACGUUUCCUCUUUGCCAGAGGGUGACUUUUUUUCCAAGGUUCGCAAGUUCCUAAACGACCACGAGGGAGCAUAUAGUGAAUUCGUCAAAUGUUUGGAUUUUUACACACACCGAAUUGUGGGCAAAAGCGAGCUGAUGAAACUGGUACGUCCAUUUAUUGGGCGAUCGCCUGAACUUCUUUCCAAGUUCUCGCAAAUACUUGGUCUUUCCGAUGAAGGCGGCCCUGAUGAGACUGAAAAUAGAUAUUUGCGUGACGAUGAACCCAUAGCCAUUCCCAUUGAUGUGGAUGGCACGGCAGAUCCAGAUGCCAAUGUUGCUCCUAGGCGCCUUGGCUCGUAUCGAAUGCUUUCUGAAGCACGCGGAGGCUCCGCAGUAACCUCUUCUGGGCGCACUCCUCUCUGCAUGGAGGUGCUUAACGAUCUUAUGGUCUCCUGCCCUUCCUUUAACUCGGAAGACUCCACUUUUGUUGCUUCACGAAAAAACGCUUCAGAAGAAGCGCUUUUCCGAUGCGAAGAUGAACGAUACGAGCUUGAUCUUCUCAUUGACGGUGCGCGAUCCGCCAUUGCCUGGUUCGAACUGGAGCGGCUUUCGCUUAGUGCUGCAAGUAAAUCGAAGGUUGCUUCGCCAAAGCUCAGUGUGCAGCCUCCUCCCAUUCAUCGCGCAUUGAUUGGGCGAGUCUGGGGUGAUCAAGCUAGCAGUAUUUUGAAGGCACUUCAUCAGCUCCCUGUCACUGCGAUCCCAUUGCUCAUCACUAGGCUCACUCAGAAGCUGGAGGAGUGGAGAAUCAUAUUUCGGGAGUUGAGCCAAAAUCAAUGGUUAGAAAUUCAUGUAAAGAAUGUCCAAAAGGCUCUUGACCAUCAAGGGACCACGUUUCGAACCGUUGACCGCAAAUCGCUGUCGCUCCGUGCGCUCACCAAUGAAAUACAUUCUAUUUUCUUGGAGCAGAUGAAACGAGGCACAAGAGCUAGCGCCUCUAUUUCUGUUUCUUCACUUCCCUCCUUUGGCAGUGCAGAUAAUCUAAAUGAUUCGAAAACCGCAGCAAACAAUGCAUCCACAAAGGGCCCCAUGGAGCUGGCGCAGCUCGACUGGGAACUCUCGUCGCCGCUUGUGGCUCGAACACUAUGUUCGCUUCUCUUGGCGAGAGAAUCAACUGUAGACUCAAAUGGGCUGAAGAAGCGGGCUGCAAUUGGCCAGUUUCUUACGAUUUUUUUGCCUCAAUUCUUUGCCAACUCUGUUACUUGUUCGACGAUGCUUUAUGCCAAUGAAUCGCUUUAUUUAUUUUUUCGUCUUUUUCAGAUCGCUUAUUGUCGGCUAGAGCGGAUCCUGGUUCUUUCACACAAGGCAUGUACCUCUACGACGCCUCAGCAUCCGCUUGCUUCUCUAUUUGCAGCCAGCAGCGCAAUAGACCAUGCAGCCACACACAAUUUGUCCGCCCCCGGUGGUCAUACCGCCGAUUCAGGUGCACGCCCCUACGCCCUGGCUAUCGAUCGGGCUCCUGCUGCUGGCGAAAACCACUCAUCAAACGAUCUUUUUGAAACUUGUGUGAAAAUAAUGGAGGAUUUUAUUUCUGGUGCCAUUGAUGGAUCCUCAUUUGAAGAGCGGUUACGACAGGUGCUGGGCCCGAACGCCUACCUUCUGUUCACCUUUGACCGUCUUUUAUCGCUGAUCUCCAAACAAGCGGCACUUUUACUGGCUGACCCGGUUGUUGAAAGGCUCGUGUCCAUUUUUGAAACCCAUGGUGUGCACAAAAAUCAUCAUGCCAAUGGAAUCCCGGAAACCGAUGAGCAUGAUAGGGGCAAAAGACUGGCUAUUGGGGUCAUUCUAUCGGCCACCCCAUCAUCUGUGAUGGCUGCAAAUUCUUCUGCUAACAAGUCGUCUUUCCUUCCCAUGCAGCCUUUUCUUUUCUCCAUUGAGGCUAUCGGCAGGUUAAAGUCUCCCCAAAUAGACGCCAACGAUUCUUGUAUUCCGGGAAUUUUUCUUGAAGGCCAUGAAUGGCUGGUUCGCUUCCGUGUCAUUCCUGCUCCUAUCGGCACGGCAUUGCCAGAUGAUCAGCAUCAUCACUAUCACUCUUUUUCUUCGUGCAAAGGAUCAAAUUUAGAAAAGUGGUCUAGCUACAUUGACCGGUUUGUCGAUCCUCAGUAUGAUCACCGCGUUUUAAAGCCGCCAGGCUGCUCCGCACCUCGGAAAGCGCCCUUAAUUUUGGAGCGAAAUCUGAAAAAAAUCGCAUCUUCACAACCGGCUGUUCCGAAUGUUUCAUAUCGGCUAGAAAUGAAAAUUGACGUGCCUUCGUUUCGCAUCUUUUUCGUUCCCGGCACUGAAGACUGCGUCUUUUCUAAAAAGGCCUGCGGGCUCGCUGUACAUAAUACCUAUUAG